GCUUGUUCAGCAAAAAGUACAUUUUUGUUUUGAUGGACCAGACAUAUAAACAGAACGAACAUUCUGAAUUCUCUGAAUUUUCAAGUUUUUCCAAUUUUAGUGAAACUAAGGAAACCAAACUUGAAAGCAACCAAAAUUUAGAAAAAAAGCCAUGGGUGGCGGACCUUGAGUUUCCUGAUGAAAAUGAAGUUCUUUCCCAAAACCCACUGAGUUCAAAAAAUACUUGCAGUUUAUUUGAUUCUACGCAAACAGCACUUGAAAAAUGUUUUGGUAAAGAUAAAUAUAAGUAUAAAAGUAUCGAAGACAACGGUUUUAACAAUUUUAUAGAUUCUCCGCUGUAUCAAUGUUUACAAACACGACAACUAGAUCCGGUGAAACAUGACGAUUUAGUAUUAAAAGAAGAAAAAAACAGCACUGUUAAAAGUCUUCUUAACUUUACUCAAACAGAGGAAACAUGGAUUGCCAAGGUGCAGCAAACCACUCUAGGAUUUUAUAGACAUUAUUUGGAUUACCACAAAUUAAUUGAAAAAAAUAUUACAUAUGGAAACAACACACCUCGUGUUGUUACUCCUGUCAACUCUUCUGAAAAAGAUCUUGUAAAAAAUAAAGAUAUAGAAAACACUGCUACUUUGCUGCGACUGGAAGAAGAUCUCGCAAAAACAACUAAAGAAUUACUACCAAAGUCUGUAGACGAUUUAAAGGAAAUUGUGUUCGAGUUGGACAUUCAAGCUAAAAUCUACUCAGAACUUUUGUUGACAGAACUAGAUUAUCGAGACAAACUAAAACGAGGCCAGGAAAUAAGAAAUGCUUUCAUUGCCUCGUAUGUUGCUGUUGAAAGAAAACAAGCAGAAAAAGAGAAAAGAAGAAAAAACAAAUAUACGUUUUUUAAGAAUUCAGAUCAUGACACGAGCCAUGGGGUCACAAUUCCGUACAUUCACAGAGAUGGAGGUCCAACUACCACUGAUCUUUCCUUAAUGAUAGAAAUUUUAAAGUCAAUCGAAAGGGAGGACGAGAACACGCCGAAGUUGAUAUCAGAUUAUGUAAUGAAUUUGGGUGAGGAGUUUGAGUUACAGACCGUCAUCAAAGUUCGCACUUCGGAUGGAUUAGCAACACUUAGCCAAUGAAACACUAUUUCUACGUUUCUGUUUUUUUUAUUCUGAUUUUUUAAUGUAAAAAUAAAUGUGUAGUUAAAAUUUUUAUUUACAAAAAAAUGUAAAACCCUAGAAUCAACAUCCUCGUUUCCAGGAUGUUUGUCUUUUUGAUAUGAGAAAAAUAUAAUAUUUUCCACCGUCUUUUCUCUUAUCAAAAAGGCAAGAAUAUGUGGAAACCAGGGUUUGAAAUCCUGAAUUUCAAUAAUUUACGAACAGAACACGAGAAGUGAUUUUUAUGCAGGCAACAGGUGCAAUCUACUUUAUUUUCUUAACUUUAUCAAAAUUUAUUUUUUAAUUAGCUCUCACCUUUCAAAUAUCUCUUUCAAAAAGGCUUUUUAUACCACAACCCAUGGAUUCUUAAUGUUCUAGGUAGCAAUAAAAAUUAUUUUUAAUCACGUCUAUUUUAUUAUUUCUGUGGGCGUGGUUUUAUAUACAGUAGAUUGUAAAUAAGUUUUUAAAAAUGUUGGUGACGAAACUAAAUAUCAGAAA